CUUAUUACUUCAGCUUCUGGGCAGCUACUCACUGGUCACCUAUGCCAGUCGACUGCUUCAGGAUCGCUCGAUUAUUUUGCUUGGUAUUUGUGGUCUUGCUCUGUCUAUGAUUUGGCAGCUGGCCACUGUAGCCCCAGCUAAACCACUGGAUGAUGGCUUGCUGGCAUAUCUCAUAGUUGCAAUGGUCAUAGGUCUGCUUGGCCUGCCACCAGUGCUAGUGUGUGCGGUUUCUCUUCUCUCCAAACUCACCUCACUGGAGCAUCAAGGCUUCCGUCAGGGUGUGCAGAGCAGCGUGUCCAACAUCGCUCAGACCAUCGGACCGUUGUGGGGAAGUGCGCUCGUCAUUCACCUGUACUGGCUCUAUCCCGUCACACUGCUUGUCAUCCUGCUUCCCGUCGUGAGUAUGACACACCGCGAAACUCUCCGUCCACAUGUCACUACAAACAGUGUAGCGAACUGCAUGCAGCGCCCCUUCGUAAAACUCAGGAUGCCACUGCCACAAAGCUGCUACUAUUUUUAAGUGGGCGGAGCUCCUGGAAAAUCCAGCGAAUGGCAAUCCAACGGCCGCGAAGUCGGCGCCGA